AUGGCUGCUGGUUUUGUAGAGAGCAUUAUUAAAAAUCACCCAUUUAUAGAUGGAAAUAAGAGAGCCGCUCAUCUUGCUGUUGGUAUGUUUUUAUCACUCAAUGAUUAUUUUCUAAAUAUGGAUGAAGCUUCAGUUAUUGAAAUUACACAAGGCGUAGCAACAGGCGACCAAGAGCUUUGCCAAAAGAAAAUUGAUAAUCUGUCUAUUUCAAAUAUUGAACUUACUCGUCAAUAUAAUGUUAAACCUAAUACGGUUAGUGAUAUUUUAAAAAGGAAAUCUGAAUACCUAUUUAUUUCAAGUUCAGAACUAAAAAGGAAAAGAUUUAAACAACCAAUGUAUAAAGAAAUAGAUGACGCUGUUGGAAUUUGGAUGUCUCAGUUUUUAGCUGCAAACCAAAUAUUAAGAGGUGAUAUUUUACAAAAAAAAGCUAAGCAGUUUGCAGAUAGAUUUGAGUUUGCUGAAUUUAUAGCUUUUGCAGAAAAAUUAUCUAAAUAUGCAUUGGAAGAUAUAUACAACUGUGAUAAACCAGCAUUAUUUUGGCAAUUAGAACCAUCAAAAACUCUUGCACAAGGACCUGCCAAGUAUAGAAAAUUGUUAGUGAAAAAUAGAGUUGAAGAAUAUAAUAUUUCACAAGAGUUAAAUACACCUAUUGCUUCUGUUAAUAUUUGUAAUACUAUUAAUUUUGUUGUUGAGGCGAAAAAUGAUGAAAAUAACUUAAAUGAUGCUAUACAGAAACUGCCAUAUAAUAAUACUCUAUCUGGGUUGGAAUAUAUUAAUGUUGAUAAAUUAGAUGAGAAUGAAAUUUUGUUGGAGGAUAAUGAGAUUGUUGAAACUGUGCGAUUAAGACAUUAUGCAGAAACAGUACAAGAUAAUAAUGAAAAUGAAUUUAUUUUUAAUAUUUCCUUAAGUGAUGUAUUAAGCAGCAUUGAAAAAUUAAUUACUUUUCAUAAUUUUCUAUCAGAAAAUUAUGAGAUUACUAGUGAUGAAUUAAAAAUUUUGAAGGGUAUUAGAAGAAAAGAUAAUUUCACUAUCCAUUCUGAAACAGUUUGGAAAGAAACCAUGAGAGAUUGUAUUUUGAAAAAAGGGGUGACUUUUGAUGUAAGCUAUAGAAAACAAAAAGCCCAAAUAACAAAUGGAAUUGUUCAUGCUGCACCAGACUUUCCGCCUACAAGAGCUGAUUGGGCAAUUAAAGAACUGUUAAUCAAUAAUUUUCAACGUUACUUUAAAAAGAAGCGAGAUCAUAAAAAUGCUAAAGUGGUUGAUGGAAAUAGAAAUUCAAAUGAAGAAAAUAACGAGAAUCAUGAUUCUGAAAUUGGAGAAACUAAUAAUUCUGAAGACAGAGGCAAACAUGAUUCUAUUAGUGAACCAGUUCAGAAUUCAACUAGAAGAUCAGAAAAAGCUAAAUAA